AGGAGGUCGAUGAUAGGAAGAAGAUUUACCAUCUCUAUCGUGUGAUCAAAAGGAAAUUGAAACAGAGAUAUUUGAAAAAUUCCAAUAAAUUGGGAGGCAAACUCGAAACUCGAAAGAAAGAAAAUAAAAGAAAAGGAGAGGAAAAAUCCUCAAACUCGAAAGCACAAUUGAGAACCCUAUCAUUUUAUGUGUCCUCCCCCUGCAACUGACACGCUUUACGAGAGUUCGGUGUCAGCAAAAAAUGAAAGGGGGAAAGUGCUCCAAUAUAAAAGCUUAAAAGAUGCGUCCUUUUUUAGCAGAUUCGCUGCUUGUGACCCUCUCAAUCUUUUUUUCAUAACAAAGCAGCCGACCCCACCCUCUUAGUUCUGGGGCGUCUUGCUCGUGCUCGAAGGGCCAACGACCAAGCGGCUCCCUUUAGUCUUAUCUUUCCCUUUUGCCCACACAGGAUUACCAACGCAUGGCUUCCGAUAAUUCUUCUGCCUUAGCCUCAGAUUUAUCUGUCAAGAGGUCGGGGAACGAAGACCAAAAUGGAACUCCACCCUCUUCACAACCUGAUUCUAUUUCUUCCGUCGUCCCCGGAUGGUUCUCCGAGAUCAGCCCAAUGUGGCCUGGAGAGGCACAUUCAUUGAAAGUAGAGAAGAUUUUAUUUCGAGGGAAUUCUGACUAUCAGGAUGUUAUGGUCUUUCAGUCAUCAACUUAUGGGAAGGUUCUUGUUCUGGAUGGAGUCAUCCAGCUGACUGAGAGAGAUGAAUGUGCUUACCAAGAAACGAUUGCUCACCUACCACUUUGCUCAAUUUCUAAUCCGACUAAGGUUUUGGUUAUUGGUGGAGGAGAUGGUGGAGUGCUUCGUGAAGUUUCUCGCCAUUCUUCUGUUAAGCAGAUAGAUAUCUGUGAAAUUGAUAAGAUGGUGGUUGAUGAAUCUGUGAAAUUGAUAUAAGAUGGUGGUUGAUGUAAGUAAUAUCCUUGUUUCCCCUUAAUAUACUGCUACUCCCCCACCUCCCCCCCGCAUAUGAGUUGGUAUCCUUGUUUCUCCUUGAAAUUUUGUGGCCCAGUGGAGUGAUUGGUUUUAUGCUGUGCUCUACCGAGGGACCUGCAGUUGAUUUCAAACACCCGAUAAAUUCAAUCGAUGUUAAUGAUAUUAACAAGUCUAGAGGGCCCUUGAGAUUUUACAAUUCUGAGAUUCACACAGCAGCUUUCUGUUUGCCAUCUUUCGCCAAGAAGGUUAUUGAUUCAAGAGUAAAAUGAGGAUUGAAUCGGGGGAGUAGGUUGUGGCUCUUCAUUUUGAACCAAAUGCCUUGUCUACCCCCACACUGCAGAGCAACCAAGGCAUUUUCCUUCUUUUAACUUUCCCUUAUUCAUUUUUCCGCUAGCUGCUUAUUCAGCAAUUCAGUUGUUCUAUUAUUCUGCUGCUGCUGCUUAAUACAAUACAACUUUUUCGCCCAUAGCAUAGCCCUUUGUUCAUAAAUUGAAUUCAGAACAUGGAUGUUUACCUUAUUUUUUUUGUAAAUAGUCAUUCACACUUUUUCUUCU